UGAAUUUUAUUGACGUUCGUCACCGUGCCAUCCUCCCGAUUUUCGACCACUUUUGUUUUAGGCUGUCGACUGUGAGUGAAUCGACAAGAGGUUUCGCCGAAUUUGCAUAGCUGUACUCAUCCGCACAACACAAAUUCGACCGGAAAUGGGCAUGGGUGGCAGAAGAAGAGGAAGAAAUUACGGAUGGGGGCUCGCUGGAUUCGUAGAUGGGGUCGUUGGUGCCAUGUGGGUAUCCAGGAGAGUUAUCUGGCUCAGCGCUUCUGACCUGUUUGUGUUUGAUUCCGCGGCUGCGGGCCUCAGGGACAGCAAUGGCGCCUGGAUGCUAAAUUUCAGCCUGCCACGCCCUGGCAUCGACUCCUGCCACCUGACAUUGCGGAGCUUCAGCGGCAGGCUUGCUGGUUCGCCUGAUCUACUGCUCUACCGCGUGCCACCUGCCCUGGUCGGAGGGGCUGGCGCCGCAACCCUUUUGAAGGACUGCAUUCUUCGCCCUGCUCCCUACAUUUGGUGCAUUUGUCGAAUUGGGACUGCUGUUGUCCAAUAUGGACAUUUUGAGGAAAUAUUUGUGGGCGCUGCUUCCAUGUUUGCUGGCUUCAUGUGUGGCAAGCUUUUCGAAUGGAUUUUCGGUGGAAUUGGUGACUGCAUGUUUUCGCCCCCAUGCACCAAAUCCAGCAUUCUUCUCGGAACGGUGUUCAUCGUCAGCACCAAUCUGGCCUCUUUCUAUGCUGCAGGAAAAGCAGGAAGGAUGAUCAGGGAAAUUCUCGAAUAACUGUCAGCUUAAUCCAGAAGGAAUGUAGUAAAAAAUAAAAUUACAA